CCUCUCCAAACCAUUCUAAGUUUUCCCUUUCCUAUUUCUCCUUUAUCGUCUUUGAAGGCAAAUAGGCAAUUAAUUUCACUUUCGCCACGGUUGCCCUAGUAUCCAAAACCAAACCCUUCUUCCUAAACAAAAACCACCAAAAUUCAGUCAAGAUAACAACAAUUAAACUCAGCUAACCUACAAAAUCCCAAAAAUUUUUACUACCCAAAACCAGCCUAGAAAGGAGUGGGGUUAAUUUGAGCUAAAUCAUUAAAAUUCCAAUUAAUUAUCCAAAAAAAAAAAAAAAAAUUAAACUCUUCUGCGCCCCCCUCCCCCCCCCAAAAAAUUUGGGUUUCUAAAUUCCUGUUUUUUCUCCUCCUUUUGGGUUUCUUGUAACCCAAAAAGAGGCAGAAAAAUAGAAGAUUUUUAGUAUGUGAAUUUGAUGAAUGCUUAUCAAAGUUUUCUGGGAUUUUUUCACUUUCACUUGGGCUUAAUUUCAUUACUUUUUGUCAAUGCAAAGCUAUGAUCUUUUGCCUAAUCCCACCUUGAUUAGCCCAAAUCCUCACCUUUUUCAUUAUCCUGCAAUGGACGAUGCCAUUUCCGUCCCGAUCCAUCGAUCCUCUGGUAAACCUGAGAGCAAUGGGGAUACUUCAAAACCAGAAACCAACAAUAACCCAGAAACUGAAAUGGCAACUGAAGCUAAAGAGAGUAAUCUCAUAGAGGAGGAAAGCAAUAAAGAGUUGGGCAGUGAUCAAUUUGUGGGUAGUAAGAGCAAUAACAAAAAUGGCAAGAAGGAGAGUAACACUACCACUAAAAAUAAGGAUGUUGUAGUCCGGAGAGAGAGGCCCACCAGGGCUUGCACUAUCCGGCCCGCUAAAUAUGUGGACCCACCAAUUAUUGAGCGGAGGCCGAGACUGCCCAAGAAGGAGAAAGUUGUGAAAAUGGUGGUGGCGGACGAGGCGGUCGAAGAUGAGGUGGAGGAGGAGGAAGAGUCUAAUGUGAAAUUUAGCAAGGUUGUCACACCAUUGGUUAAUACACCUACCUUAGACCAAAUACCCCGGAGGAACUUGAGGUCAAUGUGGGAAUUGGCUUCAAUAUUAAAUUUCUUCCAUGUUUUUAGAGAAGUUUUGAAUAUUACAGCUGAGUUCAGUGCUGAGGAAUUUGAGUCUGCAUUACUCACUCCCAAUAGUACAUUGAAUGAUGUACAUAUACCUUUAUUAAAGGCGAUUCCCCCAGUUAUUCGAAUGGCUUGUGGACCUGACACUUGGGUGACUGUGCUUUGUAGAAAGUUGCGAGACUGGUGGCAUUGGGUUGCAGAAGGAGAGUUGCCUAUAGUUGCUGAUCAUGGGGCUGAGGUUGAAACAUACAAGAAACUUGAUCCAGGGAUACGUGUGGUGAUCCUGAAGGCCCUUUGUGACAUUCGUGUUGAGCAAGACGAUAUCAGGAGUUAUAUUGAGAAUUCGCUCAAACACGGUGCUCACCGUUUUGCAUUUCGAAAAGAAAGGAUUGGGGGUGAUUCACAUGGAGUUUCUUAUUGGUACGAAGAUGACGAAUCAGUGGGCCAUAGGCUAUAUCGAGAGACCAGGAAAGUUGAGAAGGUUGAGGGGAAGAAGGGAAAGACCAAAGGUUCUCAUGUACUUCCUAGCACAACUUAUGAGUGGGAAACGGUGGCAACUAAUCUGGAUGAAUUCUUGGAGGUUUCUGAGAAGCUUUUCUCUAGCAAGAACAGAACUGAAGUUUCCCUUGCCAAGAAGCUUAAAAAUGAUGUGCUCCCGGAGAUUGAGAAAAUUCAGAAGAGGAAGGAAAAAAUGCUGAGGAAGCAGCAAAGGCAAGCUCUUCUUCUGGAUAAUUUUUUCACCUUGAAUGGACUUGCUGGUGGCCGCUCCCUUCGUGAAAGGAAAUCUGUUACGUACACAUUUGAUGAUUUCGAUCGUUCGAUCAAUGAGGCUAUCACGAUUACCAAGUGCAAACAGCCAUCACCAGAGCCUGGAACUAAAAGAGAAGUCGACAAAUCUGAGCCGUCUUCCAAUGGUAGAUGGAAUGGCCCUUCACACACCUCUCUCCAUGCCCCAUCUCUAGUUGAUUAUGAUAAAAUGGAUGUAGAUGACAGCCGUGAACCAUUGGAUCGUAGUAACCGGCGCAGGCAACGAUCUCAGAGAUAUUCUGCCGAAGAUUUUGUUGAAGUGGUUUCAGACAAUGAGGAGGAAUACUUUAAUAGCGAUGAUGACAUAGUUGGAGAGGCUGUUUAUGAUGAUGAAUACAUGCAGCAGCGUAAGAAAACACUAACAAGCAGCUCUGAAAGUGAAGGAGAUGAGGAAUACACUUGGAGCGAAGAAAAUGGCGAAGAUGAGGCGGAAGAAGAUUUACCGAGUGACAGUGGAGAUAAUGGCCAACCAAGAGGAGGGAGGUUUAAGAAACUCGAGGGCCGGACUCGGAGAGGAACGAAAAUUAGGUCGGUUGAUGACCUAGACUCAGGUUUGAGGCGUAGCAAACGGGCCACGAGGAACCGCAUUGAUUAUCGGAAUUACGAGCAAUCUGAUUCUGACACGGAGACAUCCAUGAAACGUGGGAAGGCAAGUGUUGUUUAUGAGAGCCAUUUGAAGGCUACGGAUAAUGCAGAGUACUCAAUGGAAAGUCGGGAUGCUGAAGAUAUGGGUAAUGUGGAAGAGCAACAGCAAAGAGAUUUUGGUGAGUUCACUUCCAUGAAUGUAGAGAAAGACGAAAAUGAACCCCCGAGAAAGUCCCAAAGUCCCAAAGAUGAUCCAAAUCCCAUUCGAGCUACAAGGGGAUUUCUUGAUCUUAAUGAACUAGCACCGGGUUCCGGUUUUGACGAUGGACCCAGUGCUAUAAUGAAGGAUGACGAUAUAAAAGGUGAGUAGGUCAUUUCUCUUUUGAAGGCCCCAGAGGGUUCGAGAUAUUCCUUAUUUAGUCCUUUUCCUCGGUUCCUCUUCUAGGGUUUGUUAGUUGUAUCAUAUAUGGAAAUUACGAGAGCUUGCGAUCUAACCCACGAAGGCUAUUCACAUCUUCCUUCACUUUGAAGAGGCUUUUCAUUUGUGGGAGUAGUUGAGGAGUUCGUGUUGCGCAAUUCAGUGUAGAUUUUUUCACAGUAGAGCAACACUGCAAAAGAAUGGUCGAUUCGAGUAGUCAUUUCGCAUAGUUCAAACGUGUACGAAUUUGAUAGGAGGGGAAAAAUUGUUGGAUUUUAUUUAGAUUUUAGUGUAUAAUAGCAUCUUGAUAUAAGGGUAGCCGAGGCGAGGUUCAUUAUUUGAGAGCCUGUUCUAAAAAUUUUGUUGUGGAUAGAUAUUGAUUGUGUAGUAUUAUUAGUAGGGUAGACUGGUUUGGCUGAUAAACGGAUCUAGAAUUCCAUGUUGUAAUUGGGUCUUCCUCAUCC